AUGUCGUCCACGUACUAUGCUCUGACCGGUGUCACCGGACUCUCGGCUCUCAUCGUUGCCGGCGUUGUCUUCUCCUAUCUUUCGAUUCUUGGAGACAUCAAUCAAUUCGAAUUUGAUUUCUCCAAUGAUAUGACUGUCUUCAAAGUGAAAGCUAACGAUGCUUGGUCCCAGAUGAUGGCUUCCAGAAGAAUUGAAUCUCCAUCAGAGAAGGUCGCAUUCGAAGGACUUUUCCGUGCCAAGAGACAAUACGCUACCGGAGGUGGAGGUGGAUAUUCUGGAGGAGGUGGAGGCGGAGGCGGAUAUGCUUCUGGUGGAGGAGGUGGCGGUGGUGGAUGCCAAUGUGCUGCUCAAGCUUCUGGAUGCCCAGCUGGACCACCAGGACCACCGGGAGAGGCUGGAUCUGAUGGAGAACCUGGACAAGCUGGACAAGAUGGACAACCAGGAUCUGCCGGACAAGCUGAUUCUGGAAGUACUGGAGGAAAACAAUGCAUCACUUGCCCAGCUGGACCACCAGGUCCGCCAGGACCAGAUGGAAAUGCUGGACCAGCUGGAUCCCCAGGAAUGCCAGGACCAGACGGACAAGCUGGAGGUGCAUCACCACCAGGACCACCAGGACCACCAGGAGCCCCAGGAAACGACGGACAGCCAGGAGCACCAGGACAAGAUGGACAACCGGGAGCACCAGGAACUUCUAUCGUCAACUCUCCAGGAGCGCCAGGACCAGCCGGACCCUCAGGGCCACCUGGACAACCAGGACAAGACGGAGGAAGUGGAGGUGCAGGACAACCAGGACCAGCAGGGCCACCAGGGCCACCAGGAAACAACGGACAACCAGGAGGACCAGGACAGCCAGGAGGCCCAGGACCGGAUGGUGGACCAGGAACCGACGCUGCUUACUGCCCAUGCCCACCAAGAACUCAAGGAGGAGGUGGAGGUGACUUCUCUUCCGGAGGAGGAGGUGGAGGAGGAUACUCAUCUGGCGGUGGAGGAGGAGGAGCUGGUGGAGGUGGAAACGGGGGUGGAGGAUACGCCGCUGGAUCCGGAGGAGGCAGCUACAACCGUAGAUUCCAUCAAUAA